AGUUUAUACAAGAAAAAGAGAGUGAAAACAAAUGCUGCUUUUGACAUCUGCCAAACUAUCGUAAAGGAGAAAUUUUGUUGGAAAUUAUUUUUUCGCUUUGUUAACAACUGCGAAAUAUUUAUGUGACAAUAUACCCAAAUAUAUGUAGUGACCAAAUCUUCGCUACAGAUUCGAAUUUGCCGUCACCUGCUUAUCUGCAAAACAACACAAUUCGAUUGACACAUUAAAUAAUUGUCCGCGCGCCCAUAAUUUAAAGAAUCACUUUUUGUGAUGCAGAAAACAAAGAUAAAAAGUAGCCGUGGAGAGAAGAAAUCGCUAAUAAAAAUCGUAAAAAAUUAUCCUGCUAUAUGGGAUAAACAUCAUAUAGACAACAGCAAUCGCAAACAAAAACAACUGGCAUGGGCAAAUGUGGCCAAACUAAUGAAUUUAAAUGAAAAUUAUUGCCGUACGAUCUGGAGAAGUAUACAAGAUAGUUAUCGCUACUUUAAAAGAAAGUUAGAAAGGCAAAGCGAUGGUUAUAAUUUGGAAGACGAAUAUUCCUCUGACGACUCCUUCACUAGAAACUUUUCAUUUAAAAAAGAUUUGGAGUUUCUGGACCCAUUUACAAAUUUCAAUAGCUCUGCCAGAAAAAGUUCAUCUGUUCGCGAUGAAGAUAUGGCUUGCGAUGAAAAAAUGACUCGAAAUGAAGAGAUGACUCGAGACGAAGAAAUGAAUCGAGAUGAAGAAAUGACUCGAGAUGAAUACAUAUCACCAUAUUUCUUCUAUGCUAACGCUGGUCCAAAUGAUCCCAUGUGCCAUGAAGUGGAAGAAAUAAUUGUAGAAUAUUCAGAAGAAGAUGACGAAUUAACUGACCCUAUACCACACACAACAAAUGUUUCAGAGACAACAGAAACCAAUAUUGAGACCAAAAGAUGCAAAGGCUCGAUAGAUAGCCGAUCCAACAAAAACAAAGAUAGCUCGUUAGAUAGCCGAUCGAACAAUUACAAAGACUCGUUAGAUACCCAUUCCAAUCAUGAAUAUCGAUCUGCCGCCAUCAGCACAAGCAACUCAAAGAGACAAGGACAUAGCAAAGCGAAAGAUGAUACAUUCAUAAAACAUAUGAAUACUCUUUUCAACAAAUUGCCGCUUGAAUCAUCGGAAAACUUGCAAGCCAAAUUCAUGGCCAUAGCAUAUGCAGAACUUGUAAAGAAUAGAGAGACUUAGGCAAUAUAUUUUGCAAUAUGAUAA